AUGAUUACCCAGGAAGAUUCCACCGCAUUAUUCAUGGAGGAUGAUGUCGACUGGGAUAUUUCACUCAAGCAGCAGCUCGAGCGGGUGGCACCGCUCAUACGUCAGGUUUCAGGCUCAAGUUCAAUCAACAGGAGCCAGUCGUCGCCGUACGGUGAUGUAUGGGAUAUGCUCUGGCUAGGUCACUGCUACGCUCGUAUUCUGUACAUUAUCCCUGCGUCCUACAUUGAUGACACGUUGCCGGACUCGUCGGUGUACUUCGAGAAUGACGGAACGUAUACAAAUUUCCCACAGUAUCUGCGAAGGGUGUAG